AGGCAAUCACAUGGUUUUUACUCCAAAACGCGUCUUGCAGAGGAAAACUGGAUUUGUAAUCUGAAAGGAAUUUCUGUCGAACAUCACACAAAGCAUUCUGUAUUGUUGUGUUGGCAAUCCAAUCGUUUCUCCCCGUUUACUGCUAUUUUCUGCCUCUCCAAACGUUGAAUUGGAAUCGUAUCCGAUGACUAUGACAGAAGAAGAAGAUGGAGUCGUUGCAUAGAGUGGGGACAAAUAUGUACGAGUUUUGGCGAGGGAUGAUUGAGUGGCGAAGCCCUGCCUCUGGACCGUACCUGAUGCUGGUCAAUAUGGUAUUUUGGUCCGCAGCUCUUUACUGCUCCGAGCUGGUUCAGCUGCGUUUACUUCUCUCGAUAGCUGCUGGUGUAGUAAGCUGGGAUAUUUUACUAGCGCCAACACAUGAACGAAGCAUAGCCAUGCAUAUUUUGUUAUGGCCCAUUCAGUCUAUCUGGCGGACUCUAUCAGUCUGUGGCUGCCUAUAUAGUUCGCAGCAGUUAAAACUGCAACAGUUGGAGAGGGCUUGCAUCGCGGCUUACGCCACAGUGGGUUGCCUUCUCGUGAAUCCUGUUUGGGAUUACUAUGAAGUGAACCAGAAAAUAGCGAACGGCGCUGUUUAUUGCGGGAAAAAGACGGCAGAUGCUGCAACGAUUGUCAUCGUGCGCCCAAUGCUGCAGAUCUAUCAAGUUCUCAAAUAUAUCGUACUGUUGCAGUUUGUUCCACCUGUCUGGCGAGCCAUCAAAUCAGCUGCCGCCAGAACUGGAACAGCGAUAAAGAAUGGCUACAACAAUGUGAUGAACGGUAUAAAGAAGGGUGCCAUAUACGUCGUGAUGUCAAUCAAAAACGGGGUUGUACGCGUCGUUGCAGCUAUCAGAGACGGUUUCGUUUACGUAGUGACAACGAUCAAGAAUGGGAUCAUCUAUGUUGCGACUUCUAUCAAGAAUGGAGUACUGUAUGUCGUGACAUCCAUCAAAAACGGCAUCUGCUGGGUUGGCAGAGGGAUAAAGAACGGAGUGUUGGCUACCGUUUUUGGAAUAAAGAAUGGGAUACAAGCAACGGCCAGAUAUAUUGCAGAUCUUUGCUGUCGAAUGGGAAAUUGGAUCCACAUGUAUAUCAUUGAACCGACGAAGAAUGGCAUCUUCGCUGUAGGACGAUGGCUGAGGUACUGGUUCUGUGCUUACUGGUGGCCAGAUCUGAAGGAGUGGAUGAAAAUUAGGAUCGGGCAACCUCUACAACGUGUGUUCAACUACUUUUGUUACGGUCUCAUGUACGUUACUUGUGGCUAUUGGAUUCCCCCGUUGAAAUCAUUUCUGGGAAAAUGGCUCGGACGUUGCAAAGAUUUUAUUAUGGCACAAAUGCGACGGCUUGGUGGCUAUCUGCAUGAAACUGUUGUCGUGCCCGCCAAGAAUCACAUUCGGCAAAAGUUUGAUGAGUUUCGAUCAUGGUUACGACAGUUUUUGCAUCGAAUCGCCGUUUCAAUUCGUGACUCGAUACUAUGGCCUAUAUGCCUGCUAUUUGUUGAUGCAGGUCGUGAGCUGACCUUGUUGAUGUACCGCCUUUUAUUACGGCCCAUCUUGGACUAUGUCUAUGGACGCUACAAGAUUCUUGAGACAGGAAUUUUGGUAAACUUCCUCGGUCCCGUUUGCGAUACUAUCGUCAAAAAUAUUCCCGAGAAGAGCCCGUUUUGUGAUGACAGCGACGUCGAACUUGAAGGCAUGUUACCAGACGAGAUUAGUGUCGAUUUGGACCAGGCCGCUGGAGGCAGUGAAAGCGAAGAUUCCCUUCUCGAAUUGGCUCCACCUGCUGCUCUUUUACCUGAUGUUUUAGAAGAAGAAGGCGACUUUCACAGCGGUUUGGCUUUUCCGGCCAUUCAUAAUUCGGAAUCCAGUGAUGAUGAGUUUGAUCUCACGAAGCCUAAGAAGGAAGCGAAAAGAAAAUCUCGGAAACAACGCGAAACAGACGACGUUGGAGUUGCACCCGAAGUGCCAGUUGUGGAAUCGGAGACGCGACAAAGGCGGAACGGAGGAGCGCAAGCGUUGGACGACGAUUUUGAGUUGUUACAGUAA